AUGCCUUCGCCCUUGUCCGACAAGCAAGGCGACGAGCCGUGGCCGGCCAACGACGUCGUUCCCCACUCCGAUGCCACCGUCGUCGUGGGCUUCGUCCAUCAUCGGCCAGGCUAUUCUCUGCAGCCCGGUCCUGGCCUCGACGGAAGCUGCGACAGCCGAGGCAAAAGCACGCUGGUACGGCUGUACACGUCGUCGUGGUGCCAGCUGAUGCUGCUCUCGUCGAUCUUCUUCCUGUGCCCCGGCAUGCUCAACGCGCUCAACGGCAUGGGCGGAGGGGGCCAGGUGGACGCCACCGUGGCGGCGCAGGCCAACAUUGCGCUGUACGCGUGCUUCAGCGUCCUCUCGUUCUUUUCCGGCAGCAUCGUGGCGCGCAUCGGCGUGCGCGCAUCGCUCGUCGUCGGCGCCCUCGGAUACACCCUCUACUGCGGCAGCUUCUGGUCGUACAACCUCAACUCGAACGGGGCUUUCGUGACGGCGUCGGGAGCUCUGCUGGGCGCGUGUGCCGCCCUUGUGUGGACUGUGCAGGGCGCCCUCGUCCUGGCCCUGCCCACGGAACGCCAGAGGGGGAGGUUCAUCGCGACCUUUUGGAUCCUCCUCAAUCUCGGCGCUUGCAUCGGUGCGGCGAUUCAGCUCGGUCUGAGCUACUACAGCCAGACGUCGACCGUAUCCGACGGCACCUAUAUCGCCUUCACCGUCCUCACCCUCUUCGGCGCGCUCCUCGGCCUCGCCGUCCUUCCGCCCGCCAGGAUCAUACGCAGCGACGGCACCCGCGUCUCGUCGUCCUCGUCGUCCUUGUCCACCCCUUCCUCGACGCCUUCGCUGGUUGGGGGACGACCUCGGGCCGACUGGAAGAGACAAGUGGCGGGCUCGGCGCUGCUCCUCAUAAGAGAUCCCUGGGUCCUCGUCCUGCUGCCGUGCUUCCUCGCCAGCAAUUGGUUCUACACGUGGCAGUUCAACUGCUUCAACGGCGCCCUCUUCACGCUGCGCACGCGCGCCUUGAACAGCACCGUGUACUGGAUGAGCCAGAUGGCAUCGAGCCUGCUCCUCGGGCGCAUCCUCGACGAGCGGCGCUUCGGUCUGCGAACGCGCGCCUGGAUCGGGCUGGCCAUCACGGCCGUCCUGACCGCGGCCGUGUUCGGGGGGUCGUAUGCCAAGCAGCGCGACUACACCCGCUCCUCGGUCGCCGAUGGCACCACGCGCCGCAUCGACUUUACCGACGCUGCUUCCAUCUACGCCCCGCUCCUCUUCCUCUUCCUCCUCAUGGGCGCCCUCGACGCCAUCUGGCAGUGCUACACCCUCUACUCCAUCGGCACGAUCUCAAACGACUUUGACAAGCUCGCCCACCUCGCGGGCCUCUACAAGUGCUUCCAGAGCGCGGGCGCAGCUGUCGCGUUCGCACUCGAUCGAAACCACCAGCCCUUCAUGACCCAGCUCGCCGUCUGCUGGGCCCUCGCCCUCGUCGGCUGUGUCUGCUUUGCCUUCGUCGUCCAUUACCGCGUCGCCGAAGAGAUGAUCGGUGCGCAGGAAGAAGGGGUCGAAGCCGGCAGCGUCGACGUUGCCGUCGCACCCCCGGUCAAAAAUGACAAGGAGGCACAGGUAUGA